AUGGUAUCAAGAUUGUGGAAAGCAGUUUCAUUGGGUCGUUUGCGGCUAGCGAACGUGGAUGAUGCUCCAGCAGUAUUUCCGUUAGUAACAGAGUCUAUGGCGAAGAACUUCCGAAUCAAUGACGUCUCUGAUAUUGGGUACCUAUUUGACACCUGCAUAUUGUCAAUAUGCCAUUUGGAUAUAAAUGAGAGGGUAGUUGGUUGUCUGGUUCUGAAAGACUACCCGUUAAUACCUGCCGUCGGGCCAGGGGCUUGGGAAGACUUCGUUUACACUAAAUAUAAAGCUAUAGAACUAAACUCACGGAACACGUUGUUUAUACAUCUGCUAUGCUGGAGCCCUUCGUACGGCCGCGAAGUGGUGGACGGCAUGUUGAAAUCUGUGCUUAUGCACGAUCACUAUUUGCAAUACAUUGGGAUGAUAAAGUCUUUUAUCAAUAGUACAGUGUUAAUGCCAGGCCAGUCCCGUAGUGAGGCCUCGUUCAAGCGCUUCCAGGCCUUAGAACGCGGCAUACCCGGCGACCAGCUGCCUUCUCUGUGGAUAGCAGAACGUAAAGAUAUCUGUCCCAAAUUGAGGAUACGGCGAGCCGUCGAGGAAGACAAUGAUGAUCUUCUGCCAAUAAUCGAACGCCACUCGCAGUGGUUACGCGAGUUAUACGGCGAUUUCUAUAUCAGCGAGCUGAUAUCGCGACAUCCGGAGUCCGAACGAGUGCAGCUCGUGUGUGAGCACAAGGAGGUAGCAGUUGGUGUGAUGAUUCUGAACACGCAAAUCAACUACGAAGCUUUAGAGGAGAGCUUUGAACUGUCGCCCUUUGCCGGCCUGCGUCACCUCGACAUGCCACCAACAUCAACACAAAAUGAUUCCAACACCAGUUUUGCCGUAGGCGGAAACGCUACGUGCGAAUCUCAGCAAGGCUCCAAUGCCGAUUUGCCCGAAGCGAUAGAUGCAAAAUCUCGGGUAACAUGGGUAUCAGAGGACGACGCAGUUAAGGAAAUGUGCAGAGAGUUAGAUAGGUCGAAACAGAAACAAGCCGAUGGCUAUUCGCAGUUGGAUAUCCUACAGCUCCUGGAAGAAGAAGACGACGAAUUUGAAUACGACAUCGUUAAUAUUGAUACAGAUUUGUUGAGGCUGCCACGGUUGUUCAUGACCGACGAUAUUAUGAAAAAGCCUAGAUUAUCCGAUGAAAGUAUUUCAAAGCACAAGGAAUCAGGUUUUGACAAUAAAUACAUUCUGAAAGAUAAAUUGAAGACUCUAGCGAAUACAGUGAGUAUCGUAUCGUCGGUCAAGCCUCCCGAACUGACUCGAUAUUCGGGGCGACCGAACGCUUUCCUAAUAGAGGUGUUUGCUAUGCAAGCCGAUUACGAUGAAAGGUAUGGUUUUGAGAUGCUCGAGGCUGCCUUUGAGCUUUUUCCCGAUAGAGACUACUGUAUCAUGUGUCUCCCCUCCUCGCACACGUGUUUCCCACUUUUAGAACAGUUUACGCUCGUCACUCCGUACAGCUUUAGAAUGCGUUUCAUGAAUGAUACAUUGUACUUAGCGCAUGUUAAUGCAAUCAGAGGGAACCCUACCGUUCGUCGCGCAGAGGCAUAUGACAUUCCCAACUUGAAUGAGGUCUUAGAGCACGCUCCAAGAAAGCUAGACUUGAUGGCACUGUUCGAAAACAGUCUCCAAUCUUUAACACUAUCGUCGUAUGUUUUGCUUAAUGAAAAUCAGCCUAUUGGAUUAGUUGUUCUCGGGCCGCUGGAAGAUGGAUCAUCUAUCAGAACUCAAUAUGAUUUGGAGCCAGAAGCUAGACGUGCCGGGACGGAUGCAUCGAUUUUAGCUUGUGUCAUGUCUCCUGUCAUGGAACCUCAUGCGCGAUGGUAUCUGAGGGACGUGCUGCGUCAGACCAAAUAUACUUCGUUGUUUUGGGUUUGCCGACUUUUCGCUAAAGGGGAUGCGAGUCCCGUCCGGAAUCUAAUGUCGCUUGCAAGUUAUAUGAUGCCGGUGCGUCCCCGUCGAGCAGUGCCUAAUAAUAUUGGGGGCAAACAUCACGAUAAUAUAUUUAAAGAUAUCGCAACACCAUUCGCUUUAUGGAUAUUAGAGCGACCGUUGACAAGUAUGCCAAAAGUUCACGUUAACAAUAGCAUUGUUGUUGUUGGAGCUAGUCGCACUGGACUAGCUUUCCUGGAAACAUUGCUUUUAGGACCCACAUCUGAAUAUCUUACAUUUACAAAUAUAACGUUAGUAUCGCGGCACGGUUUACCGGCCGUCACGGAUUGUAUGCGAGCCGCAGAAAUAUGCAUACCAAGGGAUGGACGAUACACAGAGCGAUACAUUAAGAGCGUUCCCUUUUACUACUAUGUAGACAUCAUGUCUGCAGUUGUGAUUCACAUCGACAGGAAAAAGAAAUGCAUUCACCUCAAGGGCGGUGGCAUAAAGUUUUAUGAUGAACUAUUUAUAACAUGUGGACAACAAUUCCAACAUCCAGACUAUUUGAAGGACUCUAUGGAGCUGGCCAAGGAAGUGGAGAAAGGCAAACCAUGUGUCAGAAUCCUUAUGGACAACCCAGCGUAUCUGCCCGACAAUGUUCCAUUGCAUCCGGAACUACCCGACAAUGUCAUGCUCAUUAAUACUUUGUACCAAGCAAACACGUGCUUGCGAAAAUUAAUGAGAAUGAUAUCUAGCACUGCAAACACAAGUUAUUGUCUUAGUAAUGAGAGACCUGUUGUUGUGUACGGAGACUGUAUUGAAGCAUAUAGCUGCAUAGCGGCUUUAUUGGAAUUAGGCCUAACGGGUGAUUCAAUAGUCUUCGUUGAGCCUUUUCCUCCUGAAGACAGCUCUGCUAUUAGAGUUAACUGCUUUAACAAUGAAACUGUAGAUGAAAGAGUUCAAACGAAGCUUGGAAAGCUCGGUAUUCGUGUAUAUCGCCAGUGCUACUUCAACGGAUGGUCGGAGUGUGAAGCAAGUGUUGACUAUUUGCAGCUUAUGUCUCCAACGCACGCAAUGCAUGUACCCUGCUUUGCCCUUUUCUAUUUCGGGAUAAAGGCUAUUGAUUUAAAUGCUUUUAAAGCUAUAAACGAAAGCGGCCUUGUGUAUGACGGCGGUUUGGUCGUUGGACCCAUGUUUGAGACGAACGACCCUCACGUGUACGGAGCAGGCCCGUGUGUGCGAUAUUCACGUCGACUCUACGCGCCGGACCGUCUUCACAAAUACUAUUGCUCUGAGGAUGUGGGGGAAGCGCUAGCAAGGCAGUUGCUGCUUAAACUGGAUCCCUUUAUGGCAGGAAGAACGGACCUCGAAGAAUUAGAUAACACGCACCGAUAUAGUUCGAGUUUGCUCGCGUACCGAGAAUCGCGUGCCAGUUUUGGAAGUUCCGGCCGCUUAUCAAAUAGCGCUAUGAAAAGUCGCUGGCAACCCGUCACGAAGUUCGAGUCGCCGAUAGUGCAAAUGGCUACACUCCCAGGUCCGCUUUACUACAUGAUGCUGCGAAAACCGGGUCGGCGUGUACCAAUGGCAGUGCAGUUACUGCUACCGCGACAGGGUCACACACUUAUAACCAAUAAAAGGGGCAACUACUUCAGACUGCAGAUAAAUUCCUUGCAUUGCGUCGAAUCUAUCAGCUGUCUCUCUAAGAAGCCAUUCUCCUGUGAUAACUUUACGCAAUUGUAUGGUAAACACGAAGCUUAUUUCAACAAUCUUCUCGUUAGAUAUAACAUUAAUCUCAUAGACGAUCUUUUUGAUUACUUCACCAAACCUUGGACAGCUGCCUUCUUUCAGGAGCCAUUCACCACUAUGUUAAACGAUAUUUAUGAACAUGGUGGUAAUACGGUAUACGAUGUGGUAAAGACGAAAUUUAAUGAGUUUUACGAGGGCCAGAGGGCAGAGUCUGUUACUGAAGAGCUUUCUGCUUUCAUUUUUAACGAGUCUUGCAAGGAGUGCGGUCAAAAUGAAGUGUUGCAUCACGACGCCGAUAUUUUCUGGAAAGCGGUGGGCGGAGAACGCAUUGUGUUCAAGAAUCUGACGAGAUACCUGCAUAAAAAUGCCGUUGCGAAUCCACAUUAUGCUGUCCCAGAUAUGCAAUUCAUUUAA